AUGACUGUUCGUAUCGAGAAGAUUGCGGAUUCCGAUUUAAAGGAACGACUUAUGACUAUGGGUUUUAUCCCAGGUACGAAGGUUAAGGUUUUGCGGCCUGCUCCGAUGGGAGACCCGAUGGCAUUUGGUAUUCGUGGCUACAAUGUAGCAAUGCGAUUAGCCGAUGCAGAUUUAUCCGUAGCACUUACUGGUAAUCCUAAUACUGGUAAAUCUACUAUAUUUAAUGAGCUUACCGGAGCACGUCAGAAAAUCGGUAACUGGCCAGGCGUAACUGUAGAUAAAAAGGUUGGCUAUACUAAGCUUGAGGACUGUAGCAUUACUGUGGUUGACCUGCCGGGUACUUACAGUGUAAAUGCACGUUCUCCAGAGGAAAAAAUCGUUAUUGACUACCUAUUGCAAAAUCCAUCUGAUGUGGAUGAAGCACAGAAGCGUGGUGUGGUAGUUGACCGUGAGAAAUUACAAAACAUCUUGGGUUAUCCUGUUACUGAGGCUGUAGGUCGCAGCUCUCAGAGUGUGGAGCGUUUGAAGGUAACAUUUACUAAGACUCGCAUGCAGGAGUACAAGCCAAGUGAGCGUUUGCAGAGCUACAUUGAGAGCAUAAAAGAGGUAGAGGCUGGCAGUGGUACAGCAGAUGAAAAGACUGAACAGAUUAUCAAGAUGCGUUAUGCGUUCAUUGAUGAAAUCGUGGCUGAGGCAGUAGUUAUCACCAAUACUGGUGAAACUGUUUCCGAGAAGGCAGACCGUUUCUUGGCAAAUGGUGUUUUGGCAUUACCUAUUUUCCUGGCAAUCAUGUAUGCAGUGUUCCAGAUUACAUUUGAAUGGAUAGGACAGCCAAUAGCAGAUGCACUUGAUGAGUUUAUCGGUGGCGACUUUACAGAUAUGGUGGCUGAGGCUCUUGAAAGUGCAGAAGUAGCAGAUUGGAUGCAGUCACUUAUCUUAGAUGGUAUCAUUGGUGGUGUUGGUUCUGUAAUAAUAUUUGUGCCAUUGAUUUUCAUUUUGUUCUUCUGUCUGAGCUUCCUUGAUGGCACUGGCUAUAUGGCGCGUGUGGCGUUCAUCAUGGACCCAAUCAUGCGCAGAGUUGGUCUUACCGGUAAAGGUGUUAUGCCUCUGAUUGUGGGCUUCGGCUGUGGCGUUCCAUCUAUCAUGGGUGCUAGAGCAUUGGAUUCUGAGAAAGACCGUAUGCUAUCCAUUAUGGCAUCUCCAUUCUUGACCUGUGGUGCAAAGCUUCCUAUCAUGGCACUUUUCGCAGCGAUGUUUUUCCCAGAUAAUGCCGCUAACGUAGUAUUCGCUAUGUAUAUUGUGGGCGUUGUCAUGGCUAUAGCUUCCUCUAAGCUGUUAGGUUCAACUGUAUUUAAGGAUGGUGGUUCAACCUUCCUGCUGGAGCUGCCACCUUACCGUUUCCCAGAUAUGAAAACCGUUAUUGCUGGAAACCUGGGAGAAGGGCAAGGGGUACUUAGUGCAUUUGGUUCUGAUGGAAUGGUAGAGGAUAUGGCUGACAGCUACCUGGCAACUAUCGGUGGUGUAGUUGGUGCAUUGUUUACCUUCCAUGGCUUCGGUACUUGGGAAGCUGGUGCAGCUGCUAUCUCUGGUAUCUUGGCUAAGGAGUCCGUUGUAUCUACUAUCGGUGUUCUCUAUGGUCUGGCUGAUGUUUCCGCAGAGGCAGAGGAUGCAGUCGAGACCGCAGAAGCACUUAUGGAAACUGGUAUGGCAGCAAGCUUUACAACUAUGUCUGCAUUGGCAUUUAUGGUAUUCUCUCAGCUUUAUACACCUUGCGUAACUGCUCUUGGUACUAUCAAGAAAGAAGCAGGACAUAUUAAAUGGAUGGUAUUCGCUGGCGUGUAUAUGUUUGCUGUAGCGUGGGUGGUAUCGCUGAUAGUUUAUCAGGCAGGUACUGCAUUAGGAUUUUAA